CAACAAUGGAGCCAUGGUCUGAUGUGAAUGUAGAGUGGAAUGAUGUACCUGCUUUCGAUCCGGGGACACCUGAUUCUCCUGAUAUUGACUCUGAUGGUGAAGAUAGAAGAGAGCGCAACGACUACAACAUUGAGAAGGAUGCCAUGAACUUUGUUGAUGAGCCUCCAGUGAAGCAUAACCUGUAUCCAGAGACAGAAUCAGAUGAAGAGGCAGACGUGGAAGAGAAUCAGAGAAAAGAGGUUCAGAGAACUAUCUACAGGCGCGAUCAGUUUAGAAGAGGCAGUGGGGAGUUGUUUGUUGGGCAGGUGUUCAUCAAUGGAAUUGCGUUUAAGGAAGCAGUGCUCGAUUAUGCUCUGAAAACGGGAAGGAACAUCAAGCAGAAUCGAUAUGACAGCACAAAGAUCGGAUUUGUAUGUGAAGGCAAAGGUUGCUCGUGGCGCGUCUACGCCUCAGUUGCAGCAAAGUAUCCCAACAAAUGGCAGGUGAAAAUCAUGAAGAAGGAUCAUACUUGUGUUCCUACAGGUACUUGUGAGAUGCUUAAAGUUCCACAAAUAGCUCGCUUGUUUGUUGACAAGAUCAGAGAAGAACCAGAAUAUUUCAUGCCCAUGAAGAUGGAGGAGCUUGUUAUGGAGAAAUGGAAGAUCAAUGUUAGUAGGCCGCAAUGCCAACAUGCUAGGAACAAGGCGGUCAGAUGGAUUGCAAGAGAGUAUGAUGAGCAGUUUGGGCGGUUGAACAAUUCAACCGAGUCAUUCAACAACUCCAUAGGUAAAGCCCGAGACAAACCCUUUGUACCUAUGUUGGAGACAAUAGCUCGCUUGGCAAUGGUUCGUAUAGCGAAAAGGGAUGUCAUCUGCAGCAGUUACGAAGGGAUUUGCACACCGUAUGUCGUUGAGAUGCUCGAGAAGUUGCACCAGAAAGCUUCAGAAUCGACGAUUAGACCUUCCACCAACCAGACAUAUGAAUGUACUACUAGCUAUGGCUGUGCACAUAGGGUUAACUUGGAGAGUAGAACUUGUAGUUGCAGGAGAUGGGAGAUUACAGGGAUCCCUUGUGAGCACGCCUAUGGAGUUAUGUUGAAGAAAGGUCUAGAGGCUCAAGACUAUGUGGUUCACUGGUUUAAGACACCUACGUGGAGGCGUACGUAUGCUGAAGGGAUUGUACCAUUGCGUGGAGCAAAGUUCUGGCCCGUAGGAGAAGAACCAUCUAUAAUUGAACCUGUGAUCCCAGAUCAACCAGGCCGUAAGAAGGUGACUAAAGCAGAUAAAAAGAGGAAGAGAGGAGUCAAUGAAUCACCAUCGAAGAAAAAAGACAAGACCUUGAAGCGGAUCAUGCACUGUGGGCAAUGUGGUGCUGCUAAUCAUAACAUCAGGUUCCAUAAGAACAAGACUUUUGUGAGUGGUGAAUCUUCUCAGCCUGAAGCCUCCCAAGGUGUUUGCACUCAAGGCUCUCAGUCUAGGAAGUGAAUAUGCAAAGAAGAGAAGAGAGAUUUGAAGAAGUGGUCUGUUUUUGUGGUGUUUUAAGUGUUUUUUCUCGGUUUUAGGUGUUUUUUUGAGGGUCUAGGACCUUGUUUCUCGGCUUUAGAUUCCUUUUGCACGUUUCAUGACCUUGUUUCUCGGGUAUAUGAACUAGUUUAAUGGAUUUAGACUCUAUUUUAGUGUGUUCAAGAUAUGUUGCUGGGUCAAUGUAUGAUAUUUUAAUGGCUUUAGUCAUGCUUUUGAAUGCUUUUGAAAGGAUUUAGAAUUCUUGAUUCUCACAAUUUAACAGCAUAAUCAUCUUAAAAUAACAUCCUUCUUUCAUCAUUUUAAACAACAGACACAACAUAAAUCAUCAUCUUAGACAACAGACACAACAGAAACAAACUAGACACUUAAACAUACCACCAUUAGACAUAACAAAUCGAGAAAAAUUAUAGUAUCUUAGCCAACACAACCAUCCCCACACAUCCUAAAACAACAAGCACCAGCGCCUUCUUCACCUCACUUUUGACUUCAUUCACAACAUCUUCCAUUCUUGCAGAAAUCUCGGUCUCUAACUUCAAUCCAAACUCUUCAAACUUUGUCUUCUCUUCUUGGGCAUCCCUUUCUUCUUCCACACGACCAGUCAACAUGCCCUGUUCAAGUCUCCCUAUCCUAAACGACAAUGCUUCAACCUCAUCCAACAAAGCCUCAUCAACCCAUUUGUAACUGUGAUUAUCAUUACUCAGCUACAAACACAGAAAAAUUGAUUCACCCACACAUUUUGAACAAUCACAUUUUGAACAAUCACAUUUGUAACUGUAAUUAGAAACAAACUAACCCUUUUCUCUGCCGCAAAAGCACAACGAAAGUAUCUUCUGCAAGGAUUUGGCUUCGAAUUUGACAUCAAGGGGAUAACUAAUUCUCCACACCAACAUCUCUUCGGAACACCAACAACACGACCUCUUGCUCGACCCGUAGAGACUCCACUCGAAUUUCCCGAUUCAUGACUCAUACUUUUUGGGUCUGGGCAAAUAGAAUCUCUCUCUGAAUUUUUAGGUUUUAGGGUUCUAAAGACAUGAACUCGAUUUUGGGGGUUUUAAAGGGGUUUCGGGUCGGGUUUAAAUCGUUUCUUACUCGGAUCUUUAUCUGGGUCGAAGUGUACCAAUACGAACCGGUUUACUAUCGGUUCAUGUAAUAAACCAUUAAAACCAACUUAAAUCUUGGUUGAGGGGGAAACGGGUUUCGAUCUUUUCUCGUAUGUGGAAAUGCGUUGUUAUAGUUGGUAUGUGUGCAAUUGGGACGAGGCUUAAACUUU